GGGGGCCAUUCCAGAGGGACGCUCCGCCCCUGAACCUAACAACAAAGAAAGACAAAGGCGAAAAGGAAAGGGAUUUAAUACUGAAUUGGACCAAUGCUUUUUUCUCUUCAAAGGAUAAUAAAAGCAAGGAAAUUCAGUCCAUUCAAAUUAAAGUAAUUAAAUUAAGUUGGAGAGAUAAGGAUAAUCUUAAUUUUAGUAUAUUCCUCCCAACUGACUAAAGCUCUAUCACGCGGCUCACGGGCGCCUGGAAUCCACUCCCAGGCUGCUACCAGUAUUAUCUUCUUUUCUAGUCUUGAAGGGCGUUUUUGUAGUUGUCUGCAGAGGAAAAAAAUGGCUGAGACGAAGUGUUUAGCGGUGGUGGGAAGUGGCCAAAUGGGUUCAGGCAUAGCUCAGCUUGGUGCCAUGCAUGGCCUACACGUUUGGCUCCUUGAUACUGACCCUGUUGCGCUUUCCAGAGCCUCCAAAGCCAUCUCUUCUUCCCUUCAACGCUUUGUUUCCAAAGGUCAACUCUCCCAGGCUGCUAGUACUGAUGCUUUAAGACGUCUGCAAUUUACUUCAAAUUUGGAAGAGCUGCGAUCAGCAGAUUUUAUUAUUGAAGCAAUUAUAGAAUCUGAAGAUGUGAAGAAAACGUUGUUUCUUGAACUAGAUAAGAUUGCAAAGAGUUCAGCCAUUUUAGCAUCAAAUACAAGUUCCAUCUCCAUUACUCGAUUAGCAUCUACAACCAGCAGACCACGCCAGGUGAUUGGAAUGCAUUUUAUGAAUCCUCCUCCUAUAAUGAAGUUGGUUGAGAUUGUGCGAGGUGCAGACACAUCAGAUGAGACAUUUCAUGCAACAAAAGCCUUGGCAGAGCGGUUUGGUAAGACAAUAAUAUGCUCUCAGGACUAUUCUGGCUUUAUUGUGAACCGGAUCCUGAUGCCAAUGAUAAAUGAAGCAUUUUUCACACUUUAUACUGGGGUGGCAACCAAGGAAGAUAUUGAUACAGGAAUGAAGUUGGGAACAAACCAUCCAAUGGGUCCCUUGGAGCUUGCAGAUUUCAUAGGAUUGGACGUGUGUUUAUCCAUAAUGAAAGUUCUAUAUACUGGUCUAGGUGACAGUAAAUAUGCCCCUUGUCCCCUUCUUGUGCAGUAUGUUGAUGCAGGUCGCAUUGGCAGAAAAUGUGGUAUUGGGGUGUAUGACUACCGUAGGCUGCCUGCAUCUAUAAAAUCAUCUCCUCGACUCUGAACAUGUAUUAUUUCCUGAAUAAUGAAUAACAAAAAUAGUGCCUAAAGCUCAUAAGUCGUAUCUUGGGUUCAAAUGUGGCAGUACAAAUUCCUGCAAUCGAGUGUUGUAUAUGUAACUUUAUCCAUGACUUCACAACCACAAUAUUGACACAUCAAUACUGCACCCUAGAUUACUGAGAUGAGGUUACCAGUUACCAUUUUCAUUUA